GACAGUUUCGAGUUUCGCGACGAAGAAUAAAUAAAUAUUAAACAUAUUAAUGAAUAAAUCGUAUUAAUCAAUCUGGCCAACCUUCACAUUCCUACACCCACCAAAGACAAAUCAUGUACGAGGAUUCUUGGUACAACUUCGUACCAGACCAUACGCAUAAGAAGACACCUUCUAUACAACAGACCUCAGGCCACAGAAGGAGGGAUUCCCUUUUGCAACAACCCAAUGGAAGCAAACAGCCCGAUGAUGUCGAACCCCUCGAACUGUUCAAAGAAGUUGAGAAUUCAAUUGACCCUCCCGAAGCAACGCUGAGUAAAAGGGCAAAGUCCUACUCUGAUUUCUAUCAUGUGGUUCGCGCCCAGCUCUCCAAAGACGCUGCCCUGUCAAAAAAGAAGCGGAUAAAAGCCAAGGACAGGACCUUGGAUGCGCUGAUGGUCGAGAAGGUCGAGACUUUUGAGAAGAAAGCUCGAUAUAAAGCACCACCGACGCUGGUACUUGUCGAUGAUGAAUUAAUAAAGGCUAGCCAGCAGGACCAACUACUUUACAGGGAUCAACUGGAAAUAACAGAGCGUCAUUUAGAAGCCCUCAUUAGCGGCGUAGACGACGCUCUAGGCUUGCUUACGUCGUUGGCUGAUUCAUUCCAUGCCGUUGAAUCUCAGACAUCCUCCUUUCAGGCUCAGUGCGAUGACCUCUUAUCCGAGCAGAGAAGGCUACAGAAACUGGCAGACGAAGUCGGAACUGAUUUGCAUUACUAUGCCUAUCUCGAUGGGGUCACUAGGAGAUUGAACGCUCCCGGCGCCAGUCGUUUGGUGAACCACGAGAACUUUGGCGAGAUCUUAACAAACUUGGACGCUUGCAUAGAUUUCAUGGUGAAGCACCCCGACUACCGUGAUGCCGAAUCGUAUCUGGCAAGAUAUCAGUCACUGCUUACCAAAGCUCUCCAUUUGCUUGAGGUUGGCUUUACAGGCCAUCUCGAUCGCAUCUCUUCAGAUAUAUCGAAACAAAUCGCAGCCACCCAGUCCGAAUCUGCCAGACAUGCCCUUGCCUACGGAAGAUUCGAAGAGAUGGUACUGGAGGUGGAUGGCCUGGUGGCAAAUGCCCAGCGUGUCAUCCGUAGUUGCUAUGAUCAGCUAGGGAACCCUAUCGCUGGGCAGAACUUUGACUACUACUCUAACACUGCAGUCAACGUUUUCUCAUCUUACUCAGAUGUUAGAGACCGAGAUUUGCGCCCCAUCACUCAACAUGACCUCGAAACAUUCAAGAAAGAUGUCAAGGAAGCUAAUGUAGAGACUGCCUGUCGCAAUUUUCUCAAACAAUGCUAUGAGCGGUCGUACGAUGAAGCGUGCUUAUUUGCCAAAAUAUUCUCAAUCGAACCGCAGUACAAUGCAGACCCACAAUCUGCGUAUGCGGCAUUGAAGACUCAUCAGAAAGCAUUGGUCAGUGUCGCAAAUAUUUCUCCGAUUGCUUCGACAUUGCACCCUGUUUUGCAAUCAAGCGAGCUUCAAACCGUCUGUAACAUUCUUGGAUGGAUCACCAAUGAAUAUCUUCUACUAGAGUAUGAUGAAGAAGAGACUCGAUACUCUGCUCACUGCCAUGACCUCACUGCCCGGCUACUCAUCGAACACCUCUGGCCCUUUACCGACACUGCGUUUGACGCCGAAGUGACUAAAUCAAUAUCUAAAGCUACUAUCUCGCCAGAUUCUCUCAAGUUUACUCCAGUUGUGAACGGUGUUGCCUCGUCCAAUGCUCAUCCCAUAACAAAGCGUGCCCUUGAGCUUUUGGCCAUGUAUGAUCAGGCUAUGCCAAAGGAACGAAGUUCCAGCCCGGUCGUCUUCCGAAUUAUUGACGAAACAAUUAUGGCCCUGCAACGCGCCGAAAGUCGACUUAGAUCUAGCAAAGCAGCGAAUCCUGACCCUGAUCCCGACUUAUUGAUGAUCAAGAAUUUACUGAUCCUUAAAAAUGGGCUUGUAUCGCUCGAGAUUGGUGAUGUUAAAUCUCAUCCAGCAGCUAUGCAGCACUUUGGCCAAAUCUGGGAUGCUCUCAGUCCUCAAAAUUGGUUGGGCAUGUUCCGAGACAUCCUUGGUGGCUCACUAUCUCUGGGCUUAUGGUCGUCAGCUGCUCCUACUAUUAAUGGUACUACAGCAUCUGCUAGAAGCCAAGCCCCGAAUGAACAAGACGCAAAUGAAAAACUGGACGAGUUAUUACGACAAAGCAUUUAUGCAUUUACGCAGCGAUGGGGCACGUUAAUCAAUUCGGCCAGAAGUGGUAAACGUGGAUCGAAUAGUCUAAAUGCCACCGAGAAGGAGCUUGAUGAGAAGUUGUUGACUGCGUUUGGGGGUCAACCUGAGGUUGUAGCUAAGUUGAAGGAGGCAAUCCAGAUAAAUGCCCAAGCUCAAAAAGAGAUGAAGGCUGAGAAAGGCACGAGAUAGUAUGAAUCCCAUAUUCUCGAUGCUCUAGUCUUGCUCUAGAACAUCCCAAUUAAACUAGUCCAUAUGCCACGAAUGCCAGUCAACUAGAAUGGCAACAUUUAUAAUUUCAAUUUCCCUGUCUGGGGUUUGCUGAUUUGGG